ACAGACUAAACUGAGGAUUAAUUAAUUCUGGACUCUGUGUAUUGAUCGAAGCGGGUCGAGGACCGUCGCUGCUGCAGCUGAUCACACAUCAGUCCGAACUCAGCGGUCCGGCUCAAGUCAACAUCAGCAGCAUGCUGGAGCCGCAGGCCGACCGGGUCAUGGCGCUCGGAGAAUGGGAGGAACGCUGGCACCAGGACAGAACCACAUUCCAUCAGCCUCACGUGCACAAUUUGCUGGAGAACAACAUCGAUAAAGUUCUCGCUGGACGAUCAGGAGUCCGUUUCUUCUUCCCUCUCUGUGGGAAAGCUGUAGACAUGAAGUGGCUGGCAGACAGAGGUCACCCGGUGGUCGGGGUGGAGAUCUCUGAGAAGGCCGUCCGACAGUUCUUUGAGGAGAACAACAUGACGUACACCGAGGAGCCUGUAGCCGCCAUACCUGGAGCAAAGGUGUUCAAGAACUCAGAGAAGAACAUCUCCCUCUACCAGUGCGACCUGUACAACUUCUCCAGGUCAGUGGAGGGUGAGUUUGGAGCGAUCUGGGACAGAGGAUCUCUGGUGGCCAUCAACCCCCGAGACAGAGAAAAAUACGCUGCUCUCAUGAUGUCCCUGAUGGCCACAGACUGCAGAUACCUUCUGGACACGCUGCUGUACAACCCUACGCUGUAUAAAGGUCCUCCGUUCUUUGUGCCGGAUGAGCAGGUUCACGAUCUGUUCGGGAGCAGCUGUGACGUCGAGCUGCUGCAGUCGGUGGACGCUCUGACGGACCGACACAGGAACUGGGGACUCGACUUCCUGACCGAAAAAGUUCACCUCAUCACGCCGAAGACCCGCUGAGCGACUCGGAGCGACUAGAAGAGCAGAUCUCAGGUUAAAUCCAGGUCCUCGGUUUCAUCGGGAACAACAAGCUCUAAAAACUGUUCAUUAACUCGUGAACUUUGAUGAAACCUCAGAGGAUGAAUCGAGAGAAUAAAAAGGAAAUAAAACACGUUUUGUAUCAAA